AACAGCAGCGGCAGCAAUCAGCUGAUGUGCAGUCAGCAUUCGGCUCCAAAAAAUCUCAUUGAUAUUAUUUUGACGUGAUAUUAUGAAUCACUUGGUGACUUGCAGAUUCCUGCGGAAUUCCCUCCGCUCCACGAAUUCUUUGAAACCUCUCAGGAAUUUUUCAUCCAGCAGACUCCUGAGAGAUUCUAAACCCACAGUAAACAAAACUGAUGAAAAUACUGUGCUAGGGACUUUUAAACACAAAGUCACGAAUUUUGACAAAUGGAUUCUUGUGACGAUGAAGAAAUUUCCUACCAAAGAUCAAGUGCCACAAUAUGUCCCAGACGAUAUAAUGCAGAGUGCAAUGAGUAAAGCGAGAAUUCGUGCAAUGAAUAUAAUGAUGGUGGUGACGAUACUGUACGCCUUUUAUAUUGUGGUGACAAGUAAAAAGGCACAGCAGGAACACGCGAAAACCUUGGAUUAUACUCGCGAAGACUAUCGCAAACAAAUAACCGAAGAGUUCCGUCAGAAACUUACUGAAGAUUCAGCAAAAAAAACACAAUAAUCGUCCAAUCCUUAACUGAUUUUUUAGUACCUCCCUAGUGAUGCUUCCUCUGGUAAUUCUCACUGUUUUGAUGAAGAAUUUUUUUUCAAUUACUGAUAUUAGGCUAUUGAAAAUAUUUUAUGUACAAAUCAAACUGGUUUUUUCAAUUCUCAAUCAUUGGAAUCAACGCCACUUUAGAGGAAAUUAAAUCAUCCCCUCUCUUCAUAAAAAACAUCCACACAAUUCCUUAAAAAUCCGUUUGUAUUUACAACAUAUGAUAACAAUGAAUUUCACCUUCCUCCUAUGUUUUGUCGACAAAUGCAGGAAAAAUCUGCAAAAGUAAUCAACUAUCCCCAGGGGAAGAAUCUUGAGGUUUAAUUCAAUAAAAAAGUGGAAAAUCGACAAAUUGAA